UACAUGAUAUGCCAGCCCCUCUGCCGGACCUGCCACCCGUGAUUGGCCCUCUACCGAGUCCAAGAUCCGAUAUCCUACUGACCAACACACACACGAACCACACCCAUGCACAGAGGGAGGUUCUCUCCUGUCCUCAGUGGCUUGUCCACAGAAAAUGGAACAACCAGACGACGCUUGAAGACAUCAAUACAGUAUUCAUGCGCCGAAAUAUUCCAGGGAUUUACUUUAUAAGUCUCCAAAUGACACUAAGCUUGAUUGGAAACGUCAGUGUGCUGUUAUUGUAUAGUACCAAGUCAAAAGUGUCUAACUACCGUGUCUAUGUAUUAUUCCUGGUGAUGCUAGACCUCAUAAGUUGUGUGUUUGUGAUGCCCUUUGCGAUCCUGUCUUUGUACUAUCCAGUUAAUUUCCCUUCUAACUUUAUUUGUAAGGCAGGUUAUUUCCUAGGAUUUUUUGUACACAUUGCAUCUUCGUUGGUCCUAGUUCUCAUUGCUGUGGACCGAUUCCUGAAAGUCUGUCGGCCUCUAAAGAAACAGCUCACGGAGCAGCAGUCCAAGCUAAGUUGUCUGUUCAUCUGCGUGUUCUCUUUGGGAUUCUCUUGGUUUACGCCACUGUUAUACGGAAAUUCACAAGUCGAUACGAACAUCAACCACGUAGUAGGAACGCGCUGCUUUCUAGAAAAUGACCCUUUAACCAUAACGAUCGCCCAGUGGAACUACAUUGCCUUGACAGUAAUGCUGGUCAUUGUCACUGUCUUUCUGUGUGUCUUGUAUUCUCUGAUUCUUCGCAGAAUUCGCAGCCACUCAAAGUACUGCACUGUUCGAACUAAAAACCGCCAGAAAGGACAACAGAAGAAUCUCAACAUCGGGAAGACCACGAUGACUUUCUUAAUUAUUUCCGUUGUUUAUUUAAUUAACGCUCUGACUCACGAUAUCCUGGCACUUGUCCUGCACAUCCAGAAAAAUCUGGAGUGUUUCAUGGGAUUCUAUGGUGGUGCUUUGUACUACAUAUUUCUGUGGACCAUCUUCCUCAACAACGUGUCCAACCCGUUUAUCUACGGCCUAUCUGAUGACCGGUUCUCUACCAUGUUUAAGGGUAUGUUUCAAAGAAAUGGGCCUCUGAGAGCAUCUUUCAGUCGAAAUUUCAACGCGUCCACGGGCUCUAUUUCCAAAGACAGCUUUCAGCAAUCGUUUUCCAGGAAACAGUCCAGUCUAAGAGGCAAAACAACAGAGAAAGAAUGAAAAUAUUUUGAAGACUAAUAUGUAUCAAAUAACCAGUUUAUACAAUGUACUUGUUAAAAUUUGUUAAUUGUGAA